GCAGAAGAAGAAGAAGAAGAAGAAGAAGAAGAAACAACACGCGAGAAAUUUCAGAUCUUUCUUCUCUCUCUCUCCGCAUCUCCUUUGCGCAACCCUCGUGUAAUUCUUAGAAGAAGAAGAACCCUUUUGUUAUACUUUCACUUUCUCUGGAAAAAUCUCGUUUUUUUUUUUUUUUUGCGUGUUUUAGAAUCUCUCUCUCUCUCUUUUAUCUUCCCUGGGAUUUGGAUUUCCGAUCAUUGAGUUUUUAUCGGAGAGAUCCUCUUGUCACAUUCAGGAGAGAAGAAGAAGACAAGUGUAGUUUAAGUCUUUAAUGCUGAGAAAGUGAGAAACCGUGUUGAUGGAUUCUUCUUCCCUACUUUAGUUGCAGAUCUAGAGCUUAACCCUGAAGACCAAACAAAAAAGGUUUGUUUUUGUCUCAUAAGUGUUUGAUGGUCGUAUGAUGACUCACAUGCAUGUCCUCUGAAUCUGUUCAGCAACAACAAAGCUUUCCCUUUGAGUUGAUAUGUCUGGUAUUGAAGAAAUUGGUACCUUUGACGAAUUUAGGGAGAGAAGAUCAGACUUUGAAAUCUCUGAAGAUGAGCGACGGCGCUCCAAAAUAGGGAAUUUGAAGAAGAAGGCCAUCAAUGCUUCAACCAAGUUCACUCAUUCUUUGAAGAAAAGGGGCAAAAGGAAAAUUGACUAUCGGAUUCCUGCUGUCUCCAUUGAAGAUGUAAGGGAUGAAAAAGAAGAGAGCGUUGUGCUUGAAUUUCGCCGUAAGCUUCUUCAGAGAGAUUUGUUACCUCCUAGACAUGAUGAAUACCAUACUCUUCUCAGGUUUUUGAAAGCUAGGGAUCUUAACAUUGAAAAAACUAUCCAGAUGUGGGAAGAAAUGCUAAGAUGGAGAAAAGAGUAUGGGACAGAUACCAUACUAGAGGACUUUGAUUUCGAAGAGCUUGAAGAAGUUUUGCAAUACUAUCCUCAAGGCUAUCAUGGAGUUGAUAAGGAAGGAAGACCUGUCUACAUUGAAAGACUUGGAAAAGCUCAUCCUUCUAAGCUUAUGCGUAUCACCACCAUAGAUAGAUAUUUAAAGUACCAUGUGCAGGAGUUUGAGAGAGCUCUCCUGGAGAAAUUCCCUGCAUGCUCAAUUGCCGCAAAGCGUCGAAUCUGUUCCACGACUACUAUACUAGAUGUGCAAGGAUUGGGAAUUAAGAACUUCACACCAACAGCUGCAAAUCUUGUGGCUGCCAUAUCGAAGAUUGACAACAAUUACUACCCUGAGACGUUGCAUAGAAUGUACAUUGUAAAUGCUGGAACAGGUUUCAAAAAGAUGCUUUGGCCUGCUGCUCAGAAGUGUCUUGAUGCAAAGACCAUUGCAAAAAUACAUGUGCUAGAAUCCAAAUCUUUGUCUAAGUUACAUGAAGUCAUUGAUUCAAGUCAAUUGCCAGAAUUCCUAGGAGGUUCAUGCUCUUGCUUUGGUGAUGGAAGAGGGUGUCUUCGUUCUAAUAAAGGACCCUGGAAUGAUCCUGAAAUAAUGAAGCUCAUCUACCAUGGAGAAUCAUCACUCUUUAGGCAAAUUACCAGGAAGCUUAGUGACCCGCAGAAUUCUUCCUCCUACAUAAGUAUACAUCCAUCGAUGGCUAUGCAAGCUGAGACUUCAGCGGCCGAGUCGGUAUCUUGUUCUGAUGUUCCUACUUCUCCAACUGGAAGAAUGUGCUCAGCUUCUGCUCAUGUGAAUCCAGCUUAUGAGGAAUCUAGAGCAUCAGAUGCUAACGGCUAUUAUAGUUGCGAUGACAAGUUUGCCGUACCUGACAAAGCUGGUAACCGAAAAGGCCAAGAAAGGCAAUCCCAUUACCAAAUGUUCGAACUCAAUCAAACACCUCUCGGUUUAAAAUGUGAAACAUCUCCACCAGGUGCUCCCAUAGUCCGUAGGCUUCAUGGUUUAAGGGGAACAAUUGACAAGAUAAAAUGUGAGAACCUAGCGAAAAGGCUACUUUCUUUGAUGCUGAAACUAGCUGCUGUUUUCCGUUGUACUCCGUUUGAGCUUCUGAGAAGCCAGACUACAGUUAGCACUUCAAGUCCAACAGAAGAUGACAGUAGGUGCAGCCUCAUCCCAACCCCUAGACAGCCUAAAAUGAAAGACCGGAUUCUUCCAUGUUUGGAGCGUAUUCAGAAACUGGAGAAAAGUUACGACGAUAUCCGGAACAAACCCGUUGCAAUACCUGUAGGGAAGGAGAGAAUGUUGAUGGAUUCUUUAGACAGAAUUAAGUCGGUUGAGUUUGAUCUCGAUAAAACAAAGAGGCUUUUACACGCCACGGUGAUGAAACAGAUGGAGAUAACUGAAAUGCUGCAAAGUUUACGAGAUUCCCAACUUCACAGAAGAAGAAGAUUGUUCUGUUAAAAACCAUAAGGGAACAUCUGAGUUUUGCACAAAUACAAAUCUGCACAUACAGAGAGAGAGAAAGAGAGAACAGAUUCCGAAAACAAAACACAUGUUAGGUUCUUUAGCUCCUUCCCUUCUCCUCCUGAUCUAACUUUUGUUCACAACUUUUCUCUCCUUUUUUUUAUAAAUAGGUCCCUCUGCUUCUACUUUUUAAGUUAUAAAAAGAAGAAAAAGAAGAAGAUAAGGACAGUGAAAACAUCUGAUGAUCAAUCAAUCCUGUCUUUGAUAAUAUAGAUUCUUUUAAGUACCAAACCCUUUUGUUGUAACCUGGUGUAGUUAAGAAACUACACUAUAAGAGCUAAACAAAUGAGAUUUUGUAAAUCUUUUGAAGGUAUUUUGAUAAUGGAGGAUCAGGAAGAAUCCAUUUGUUUAACAUGAAA